AUGGCCGACGAGUUGGUCGCAAAGAUCUCAAGACGAUCAACAAGAACAUUCGUUACAGAACAAGAAGCCAUGGAGUCAGGAAACGCAGGUGUCGCUAUGGUACCUUUUGAGACCAGAGGCAACACCAAUCAAGAUGAUAAGGAAAAGGAAAAGGACAAGAAGCACGGAGAGGGCAGAAGCUCAUCCCACCAAACCCCCCUUGAAGCUUUAUCAGGACCAGUUGUCGAUGUUGGAAGAGAUCUUGGAGCAUUGUUUCCUUCCACCUCAGAAGCUAUUGCAACACAAGUAACCAACUCACUUGAUGCCGCGAAAGCUUUGGCCAAGGAGAAACAAGAAGGUCGCCCUCUUAAUUUUGGUGUCAUUGCUCCAAAUGCGAUUUACCGUAGCAGCUUCCCUCAACAAGAGGAUUUCGAGUAUCUCAGAUCUCUUGGAUUGAAAUCUAUCGUUACCCUCGUCAAGAAAGAAUACCCUCCUGGAUUUCUUGCAUUUAUUGAGGCUCAAGGCAUACGCCAUUAUGUCAUCGAAAUGCAAGGAACCAAAAAGGUCGAUAUUCCCGAGCAUAUUAUGAAUCAAAUCAUGAGAAUCUCCCUUGACAAGGAAAAUCAUCCAUUGUUAAUUCACUGCAAUCAUGGCAAGCAUCGCACUGGUUGCGCUGCCGCCAUUAUUCGUCACGUCUCUGGCUGGGAUGUCAAGUCUAUCGUUGAGGAAUACAAAAGUUUUGCCGAGCCAAAGGCUCGUGAUGUCGACAUUAAGUACAUCACCGAGUACCAGGUCUCGAGUCUCAGUGGUCUCUAUCACCAUAAGUUGGAUCAACCUACUGUCACAAAGACCUCCAAGGCGGCUCGUAUCCUCGCCCUCACAGCAUUGCUCCUUUGGGUCUGUUUGACGUUGUCGAGAUUUUGGAACCACUAG